CUUUGUGACACCUGAACUACGAAUCGUGAACCAAGCUCGCCAUGAUCUCCUCGAUCCUUCAGCGGCUCGCGCUGGCGGGCGGUGGAUUGCUGUUGGGCGUCAUCAUCAAAAGACGGUAUUUCUCGCCAAUCUCGGAUAUUCCUGGUCCUUUCGUAGCCUCCUUUUCCCGAUUGUGGCAGCUCUACCACAUCUUUGACGGUCACACGGAACUUGCCACCAUCAAGGCGCACGAAAAGUAUGGCCCGUUUGUUCGCAUCAGCCAUCUCGAGGUCAGUGUGAGCGAUCCAGAUGCGAUCAAAGCUCUCUUGGUCGCGCCUCUUCGAAAGGGUUCGUGGUAUCAGGUCUUCAAUCUCCCUGAUCGCCGAUAUGUCAACCAGAUGGGAGAGCUUGAUCCAAAGCGACACAUUCAGAAGCAGCGCAAUGUUGCUCCUGGAUAUGCCUUCAGCAAUGUCAUCCAGUCUGAGCCCUACAUCGACAACCUGAUCCGCAAGAUGGAAGAGAAUUUCGACAAGUACACAAAGGAGGGAAAACCGAUAGAAUUUGACCAUUGGUUCAACUACUUUGGCUUUGACGUGCUCGGUGAAGUUACAUUUUCAAAAGCCUUUGGAUUUCUCGAGCAGGCCAGAGAUAUUGGUGGUGCAAUCGCAAAUACCAGAUUUCUGGGACUGUAUAUCGCGGUGAUUGGACACUACUACUGGCUGCAUGACAUUCUGCUUGCGAAUCCGCUCAUCAAUUACUUCAAUCUGGCACCCAGUAACCAUAUCUUCGAUACUGCACUUGCUGCGGUGGAGGCGAGGAAAAACAAUCCAGAUGUUCGAAAAGAUAUGAUGGAGCAGUGGCUCCAAGUCCGCCGCGCCCACCCGGAGCGCAUGGAAGAGAAAGAACUUCUCGCCGGGGCUGUCGUUAAUGUCGGAGCUGGCGCCGACACCAUCAGCACCACCUUGCAGAGCUUCUUCUACCAUUUGCUUCGCAAUCCUGAAGCGAUGGCAAAGGUUCGUGCUGAGGUUGAUGCAGCAGCAGCAAAAGGAGAACUAUCGGGUAUUCCAAGUUACGCUGAAACGCAAAAGUUGCCUUAUUUGCAGGCUUGCAUCAAAGAGACCUAUCGUCAUUUUCCUCCGGUUGCAUUCGGCUUACCGCGCGUUGUCCCAGACGAAGGCCUGACCAUUGGCAAUCACAAAUUCUCCAAAGGUGUCAUUCUUAGCAUCAACCCACAUGUUAUUCACAAGAACAAGGAAAUAUUCGGCGCUGACGCCGAUAAAUUCAAUCCGGACCGGUGGAUGGUGGACACGGAGCGCUGGAGGGCUAUGGACAAAUACAUUAUAACCUUUGGGGCCGGAUACAACCAGUGCCCUGGCCGGCAUCUGGCUCAUCUAGAAGUGUCUAAGGUAGCAGCAACUCUGCUCAGAGAUUUCGACGUCGAACAAGUCACGCCAGGCCAAAGCUGGACGUUUGAGACUCAUUUCACGGCCGUUCCAUACAAUUGGCCAUGCCGAGUCAGGCGCCGACGCUAGAACUUCCUGCUGGCUUUGAAAAUUUUUCCUUCUUAAGCUUUGCGCAGAACACAUGACUUAUUUUGCAGCGAAAUACCCUUUGUAGAUAGAUUUGCGUCUAUGUAGUACGUAAAAUUGGUAAACUUAUGGCCUCUGACGGCCAGAUUCGAUCACAUGUUCUGAAUUUUAGGACGGUGACUGGAAGUAUAUUUGCGGAUAAUAGUCCAAAUUCACCCUAUUUUAGAGAUUUUCUUCUGCCAAAGGACCUAUCCAAGGCCGCUAUGAAUAUCAUUUCCC